AGGACGCAAGAGGUAUAAGCGAUGGUAGCAGUGUUUUUCUAUAUAUUUUCCUCUAUUUUGCUUGUGCUUCACAUCGUAGCGGAAACAAAACCCACAGACAUCAAAAUACGAUCGUAUUGUAAAAGUGCCUUUGGGUUGAAGGAUGUUGAUAUUAUUUGGAUACCGCUUGCACAGAGGAAUUCUUCAUCUUGGGCUAUCUACAGGAUAUCGUAUUGUCCUCCGUUUCCAAGUUGCACACAAAAUGAACAGUAUCAAUUGGGUUGCAUACUGAACACAACACAGCAUCAAUUAAAGAAAGAGUUACAAUGUAGAAUGACUGAAGAGUCACUUUUCCCUAACAAAUUUUAUUAUAAUGUGGAGUUACAAAAUUUAUCUGGAGUCUUCGUAAGCCAGCGAUUAACAUGCCGCCUAAGAGUUCACUGUACAAGGCCUCAAAACCUGACAGCCAAAGCAGUUAGGAAAAGAACUGUUUCACUUUCAUGGAAACCUGCACCUUUUAUGGGAAGAUAUACUGACUACUUGUGUUAUAAAAUUUGGUAUGCGGCUGCAAAUGACAAAAAAAAUGAGUCGGUACAGAUAACCUUUAGGGGUGAAUCACGGAUCAUUGAUGACCUUUCUCCGUACACAAUAUACAAGUUUUAUAUCCAGUGUAGCUUGCCAAGCUGUAAAGGCGGUUGGGGAUUGGUUGAUGGACCUCUUACUGCCCAAACUCUUGAGGAAGCACCAACUCAAGCUCCACAGUUUAGCAACUGGUCAGUAACUAACGCACAAGAAGAGGAACGGGAUGUUACAGUUGUAUGGCAGCUGCCACCUUUGAUUACGUGGAAUGGUGUCCCUAAUAGAUUCAACAUAGACUACUGGAAGACCACAAAGCAAAAUGAUUCGUCGGUUCCAAUCCCCAACUCCACAAAGAGCCUGCAAAUUAACGACAGCUCGGCGACUGAAGCAACUUUACGGGGGUUAAAUCGCUAUGUUGAGUACCAAACACAAAUCAGUAUGUGCACAGCCGAGGGAUGUGGACCGAAAAGUGUUCCUUGGCCCUUGGAAGGCGAGGAGGCCGGGGAGAAUGAACCCCAUGUUGAUAGUCUUUCUCUCGAUAGUCCACUUAUCUGGAUUGUACUUGUAGUAGUAAUUACUUCUGUACUUUUAUUUGGCGUCGUUAUGGCGGCGAUUUUCUUGUACAGGAAUUAUAGAGUUAGGUAA